AUGAACUUUUACCCAAUUGCAAAAUACUCGGUUGCUCAGGAUUCUUAUGGAUACGAAUCAUCAUCUACGAGUUGGUCACAUUAUUCUGAUGGAGGAUAUACGAUGUCGCUGACAUCUGGAUUGCUGCAAAUUCGCAGACGCGAAGAAUUGGUUCAAAGUUUAAAUUUAAUUGAUUUAUGGCACCAAUUCAUUCCAGGGACAAAAGAAAGGAGCUUGGUUUUGUUGUCCAAGGCGCCGUGCAUGAACUUUCGCAUCUAUAGCAACAAUGUUACCAAACGAUUCCAGGUGAAGUUUCCAUCGGAUGUAUUUUACAUGAAAGCAAAACUUGAAAUCGAAAAUCUAGGAUUAUACUUUAAAGAUGCAAGGUCUUCAUCGGAAAAAAAGCAAAUGUCGAGUUCGCAAAGCCAUAUUGGAAAUUCACAAGAGAUGUAUAUGGCAGCAUCGAUGAAUGCCGGAGGAGUGCAUGCUUCAUCUCAACCUACCAUUUCGGUGCAGACACCUACCAUUUUGUCUCAAACGAUACCAGCGACACCGCCGGUGGCAGCACCAGGAGGAACAGUAGGGAUGGGAGGAGGCAUGGUGGCAGCAGCACCACCCGCGGCGUCGUCGUCGUCCUCUUCACAAGGUGCGAUGACGACGACGACUAACCAUGUUGCAGCAAGUGAAAUGACCGUUCACACUCCUUACAAACGGGCAAGGGUGGAUGAAAUUGGAUCGAUGGGGUAUUCACAGAUACCAGCUAGCACACCUUCGGCGGCGUCAUCUUCGUCUGGCGGUGUGUUGACUAGUAUUCGACCAUCGCAGAAUGGUCAGAUGAUGGGGAGGCAGGAAACGAAUAUGGAGAGCAUACAAAUGUCACAACCAGCGCAUUGGGAAGACGGUACGGCGAUUUCGUCUUCACCAUAUCAUCCGUCUCAGUAUUCGAUGGUGGCAGCAACACCUCUUGGAUCGCAAAAUCCAGGAAUCCCAAUAGCUUCGUUGAUGACGCCGAUGCAAGAGAAUCCAGCACCGCCUGUCGUAACAACAGGUACGAACUCGUCGUAUAUGAACAUGUUGCCGUCCCCUCCUACAACAUCGUCGCCCUCUACAAUAUCCGCAAACCACCUAACUGAAGAAGAGAAACUGUUGCGGGACAAGGUUUUGUUUUAUCUGCAGCAAAGUAGUUUUCUUCAAUUGUGUCAGAGCUUGGACCGAAUAUGGACCACGAUGCAGCAUGCAUAAACAAGUAAACAAAAGCAAAAGCAAAAGCAAAAGCAAAAGCAAAAGAUAUGAGUUGAUUUACAUUUAAUUAUUAAAAAUUUCAAAGAGCAUCCAUCCUUAUUUAUACAAACUGAAUUGAAAGUGUUGGCAUUUCAAAUUCUUAUUCUACUACACCAGCAGCAGGAGCAGCAGUAGUGCUACUACCAUCGCCCUUGCCCUACAAGUAGCAGCAACAACCCAGCAGCAGCAUUACUACCACUACCGCUACCACUACAACUCUUACCCACUAUGCUUACCACACUACGCUUACAAACGUUAUUUCACUUUUCUCAGUUUCGUUUCGUUUCGUUUCGUUUCUCUAAAGCCAAUACUGCCUUCCAACAGUAUCCACAAAAUACCAACUACCGAUGGGUUCUCGUUCCCUCACGCACCAAUCCUUUGCUCCACUUCCUUCGUUAUCUUUAUCUCUUUUUAGGUUCCGUCGCAAACCUUGCUUUUCGAUAAGAGAACAACCACGGCAACAGCAAUAGGCAUCCUUAUAACGAAAAUCGCAUAUUUCUUUAACGAGACGACGACACUUCUUCCAAAGGAAAAAGCAAUCGACAAACGAAAAAAAAAAAAAAAAAGGCGUUGGGGUGGUAAAAAGGAGGGGAAAAAAAUCAAAAUCAAAUCAAAUCAAAAUCAAGCAUCGCUACCAAUUUCUCUUCUCGCUCUUCUUUCUCUACAAACAGACCUCUUUCAAAUGUUUGUUGACAAAUUCUUCCCAGAAAUCUCCGCUUCUUUCCUGACCCUCUUUUUUUCUUCAACUGAUGUCAUUUCCCCCUCGUGAAUGAUCAUUUCUAUUUCGUUUCCACCAUUCGAUUAUGCGCCCUCAUCACGGAUCAACCUUUUUCGAUGCGCCUAAAUUCUACUUGUUAUAUUGUAUGGUCCACUCAGCCUAUUUUACUCCCAUUAAAAUUACUCC